UAUCGUUGGCUAGUAGCAGUAGCAGACGAGAAAAGAAGCCGCUUGUUGUGGUGAGGUUAACUUUUCUAUGUGCGGUGGUUAUUUUUCUUGCGAAAAAUAGAUCAGUAACAUAAUGGGCAUUUUCUCUGCACCGCGGUGGGACGAUGGUGGCGCCGAAAAUGUGGGUAGCAAAGUUCUCGACACAACGGCUUCUGCUCAGAAGAAAAGUGGGAGAAGAAAAAAGAAACAGUUGCUCAAAAAGGCAGGUUCACCUGUAAAAGUUUCGUCAGCUGAUGACACAGGUAAUCAAUCAGACACUACGGAAGCACCUAAAAAGGCAAAGAAAUUUCCCUUUGUCUUCAGGAGAGAUUCUGCACCUCCUCCACCAAAAAUAAAACUAAAUGGUAGUCAGGAAGUCCCAAUUACUCCUCCCUCAGAUGCAAGUCUAUCCAAGCGACAGAAAAGACGCCAAAAUUUAAAAAUGAAGAAGCUUCUGAAAUUUCAGUCGACUGCAAGCAGUGUUACAACUCCAUCAAAUGGUCAGAAUGUUUCUCCGAAAAAAGGCAAAGCAAUUGAAGAAAAAACAGACAGGGUACUUGGAAAAAUUGAGAAAGUGCUUGAGAUACGAAAGAAACGUAGGAGAGCGAAGAAGGCGAAAAAAGAGAGUGACGGAUCUGUUACAGUCUCACUUGCCAAUGAACCUUCUCCAUUGAAAAGUCCUGAGAUAGUUGCAGAGACCAAUCUAAAAGCCAAACUGAAGAGAAAGGAACGAAAGCUUAAGAGGAAAGAGGCUCUUGCCAAAAAGAAAGAACUUGAACAAGCCAAUAAUAGCAAUGAGAUAGUUCUCAGUAGGAAAAAGAAGAAGAAAAUGAGAAAGAUUGCAAAGCAAGCAUCAGGGAAUAAUCUAAAUCAAGCGGUGAAAAAUGAUCAAGAUGCAUUGGGAACAGCAAAUCCUUCCUUUGACACAUCUCUAUCAGAUUCAUCAACACCUCUGAAAAACAAUGAUACUCAGUUGGAAAAAAAGAAGAAGCGUCGGAAGAGGAAGAAGAAGACUGGGCUGGAAGAUUCAGUUGAUGGGAAUAUUCCAAGCGCCUCCGCCAAAUUUUCUCUUCACUCAAAUAGCCAAAAUUCUAAAAAUAAGCCUUCAUUAACUUUGACUGAUUCUGAUAGCAUUGCUGAUAAAUCACGUAGAAAGAAAGUUGUUAUAGCUAAACUCCUUCAGGAAUCAAAUAUUGAUGAGACAAAAACUUUACAUGACCUUAAAAAGAAAAGACUGCAAGAUAGAUUAGAUGCUGGGGAUGACGCAGUAUCUCCGAAAAGGAGUAAGAAGAAUGCAUCUACUUCCUUACGAGAAAAGAUGACUCAGCAACUGAAAUCAUCCCGUUUCCGAUGGCUGAAUGAGCAGUUAUAUACUACAAACAGCUGGGAAGCUAUGAAGUACUUUAAAGAGGAUCCAGAUGCAUUUGAUGCUUACCAUUCAGGGUAUAGAAAUCAAGUUGCUCAGUGGCCUGUCAAUCCCUUGGAUGUUAUUAUCCAAUCAAUUUCAAGCCUUCCUAAGGAGACUGUAGUGGCAGACUUUGGGUGUGGUGAUGCUCGCCUUGCUGCAACCUUACCUCAUUUGAAGGUUCACUCAUUGGAUCUUAUUUCAUCAAAGCCUGAAGUUGUUGCCUGUGAUAUGGCCCACACCCCAUUACUCAUGGAAAGUGUGGAUGUUGCUGUGUUUUGUUUAUCCCUUAUGGGGACAAACCUGAAUGAUUUUGUUUUAGAGGCUAACAGAGUUCUUAAAAAUGGAGGUUUAUUGAUGAUUGCAGAGGUAGAAAGCCGUUUUGAAGAUGUAGACAAUUUCACCAGUGCCAUGGUACACUUUGGUUUCCAACUCAAAAAGAAAGACUUGUCAAAUCAAAUGUUUAUUUUUAUGGACUUUAAGAAAACUCGUAAAGCUUCCAAAACAGGGAAGUUACCAGCUUUGGCUUUAGAGCCCUGUGUGUAUAAAAAGCGUUAACAUUGUAUUAUUGUUACUUUUAAUUCAUUGUUUUUCACAUUCCUCUAUCACCAGUGUUAGUGAUAGGGAUUUAUAAAAGUCACUGAUUGAAUACUUCUACUUUGACAGAAGAUAUAAUAAAGUAAUCUGAUUGACUAAGCCAAUUAAAA